AUGGGUAUCCUCCGAGGCGGGCCCCCAUGCACUCGGGCCAUGGCGCGCCUGGGCGCUGUGCGCUCCCAUUACUGCGCGCUGCUGCUGGCCGCGGCGCUCGCUGUCUGUGCCUUCUACUACCUAGGCUCGGGCCGGGAGACCUUCUCCAGCGCCACCAAGAGGCUGAAGGAGGCCCGCGUCGGAGCCCCCGCCGCGCCCUCGCCGCUGGCGCCGGAUCUGGCACGCGGCUCCGUGGCCCCAGCUCUGGGUGCCAAGGCUAAGAACCUGGAGGGCGGCGGGGCCGGUCCGGUGGACUACCACCUGCUGAUGAUGUUUACCAAGGCGGAACACAAUGCCGCGCUGCAGGCCAAGGCCCGCAUCGCGCUCCGGUCCCUGCUUCGCCUCGCCAAGUUCGAGGCUCAUGAGGUGCUUAACCUGCACUUCGUGAGCGAGGAGGCCAGCCGCGAGGUGGCCAAGGCCCUGCUGCGGGAGCUGCUGCCGCCCGCCGCCGGUUUCAAAUGCAAGGUUGUCUUCCAUGAUGUCGCCGUGCUGACGGACAAGCUCUUCCCCGUGGUGGAGGCCAUGCAGAAGCACUUCAGUGCUGGCUCCGGGACCUACUACAGCGACUCCAUCUUCUUCCUCUCAGUCGCCAUGCAUCAGAUCAUGCCCAAAGAGAUCCUGCGGAUAAUUCAGCUGGACCUAGACCUAAAGUACAAGACCAACAUCCGGGAAUUGUUUGAGGAGUUUGACAAUUUCCUGCCCGGCGCCAUCAUUGGCAUCGCAAGGGAGAUGCAGCCAGUGUACAGGCACACAUUCUGGCAGUUUCGCCAUGAGAACCCCAAGACCCGGGUUGGGGACCCGCCUCCCAAGGGGCUCCCUGGCUUCAACAGUGGGGUGAUGCUGCUGAACCUGGAAGCCAUGCGCCAGUCCCCGCUCUACAGCCACCUGCUGGAGCCAGCACGGGUGCAGCAGCUGGCCGACAAGUAUCACUUCCGAGGCCACCUCGGGGACCAGGACUUUUUCACCAUGAUCGGCAUGGAGCAUCCUGAGCUCUUCCACGUGCUGGACUGUACCUGGAACCGGCAGCUUUGCACCUGGUGGAGGGACCACGGCUACAGUGACGUCUUCGAGUCCUACUUCCGGUGCGAGGGCCACAUCAGGAUCUACCAUGGGAACUGCAACACCCCUAUCCCAGAGGACUAGGUACCUCCUCGCCUGCCAUGCCCGCGGGCCUCUGGAUCUGGGGGACGGAGCGGCCCCCAGGUGGUGUGUGAACCCUUGAAAGACACUGCAGGGACAUCCUUUGUGAUCAGGUGCUGCAGCUCUUCCACCUCAUGGGUCACUGUCCUGAGGCCACCUCGUGAUGACUGGCCUGCACAUUGCUGGUGCUUGGGGACUUUUCCCUCCAGGGGGAUAGACAUCAUGAAAGGCAAGCAUGUAUCCAUCUUCUAGUGGGCAAGGAAGCAGCCAUUUGAAGAGAAGAAAGGAAAGAAAACUGUGCCCUUUGACUUCAGCCCCCAAAGAAUGGAAAUCCUUUUAACAACCAGCCUUUCUUGGACCAAAUAUAAAUUUAUUUUAAACUGAUAGGCUUCCAUUUUGAGAGGAAGAACAAACAGAACUUCUGCAGCUCCCAGUGAGCUCUGAACCAGUGAGCCAGGGUUUUAACAGCUGGCCUGGAUGUUAGACAUCCCAACGAAGGUCACCCUUCCACGUGUGCACCCAGAAGGCUGUGCUCACUCCCAUGAUGCUCAGGUUGUCUGCUGCAGGUGUAAAGGUCACCACCUCUUUGGGGAGGACCUUCAGUGCCAGUGGUGGCCCUCGUCACAAAACUGGUCUCAUUACUGUAACCUUUGCAGGUCUUACCUCCCAGCUGCAUCACAGAACCUCAUUAUCCCUUAUCCAUCCAGGCAGCUCCAGGUGACCAGACUGUGCUUGGAAGUAAAAUCUGUCAUCAAAGAACAGAGGUUGGCCACCCCCAAGGAUGUGCAAUGGAAUUGUCCGGAUGGAGAAGAUGCAUUCCAAAGAGGAGCCCAGCUGUGCUCGAGUAUUACUGCGUGGCUCAGACAGGCUGUUGCUCUUAUGCUUGUCAGCUUUCCAGCCUCUGUCUAAAAAAAUCAUCCUCCUGACUUUCUCAUUGCACCAUGUCAGACCUACACCUUUGAAGAAAUUAGGAUAUUUUUAAAGUUCUUCUUCCAAAGAGUUCUCCUGUAAGUAAGCUACAAGCAGGAAGCCCCUAGUGGUCCAUUUUGUAGAAUCCAGCUGAAGUCCUUGGGGAAGAAAUGCUGUUGGAUUUUUUCCACCUUAUUUUAUUUCAAUUUCAUUUACUUUUUUAUUUCUUUUCAUCGUGAGCGAAUAGCUAAUAAAUAAUCUUGGAGAACACAGUGAUUUCUGUUGUUUGUGCUGUGAGCGCAGUUUUCCGUUACACGAAGGUCCUGAAUCGAGAGCUCAAUCAGUGUCACUCAGCGUCCCUCUCCGCGCGACGAAGCUGGAGAGCAUGCCUGGGAGGGCACGGGCAGGACGGUCAUGUUCCAAGGGGUUCGAAUCGAAAGCCAUCGUAUUCUAGGUAUUGGCAGGCCCUUCUGCUCCUGGGACAGCCCCGCCCUUCCGCCCUCUCCUAACCCCAAGCUGCCCUCUUACAUUUCUCUCCUCACUCUCAGCUCUGACAGAAUGGGUCUGUUUUCCUAGGUACUUGAUUUCCUAUUUAUAACUGCCAGUCAUUGAAUUUCUGCUAUGUACCAAGCAUUGCAUUGAGGGAUUUAUGUACACUAUCAAUAAUACUAAUGAAUACCUCAUGAAGGUAAUUAAAAUCGCAAUUUAUUGUAAGAAAAUAAUGAGCAGUAUGGGCAGAGAGUCAUUGUUUGUCACAGCAUUUUUUAUAAUAGAAAAAUCUGGACCAACUUAAAAUGUUGAAUAGAGGAGAAGAUAAAUAAUAUGUGUUACAUCCAUAUCAUGGAAAAAAUCAUAUUUCUGAAGAAUAUUUAAUGUAUUAGGAAAUGCUUAUAAUAUGCUAUUAAGAAAAGAAUGGAAAAUAUAGAUUACAUGUACAAUAUGUUCCUAAUUUUAUUUUUAAAGUCACAUCUAUGUGUGUAUAUGUGUAUGUAUACAUGUGUGUAUACAUAUAUGUAUGUGUGUACAUAUAAAAAGAGAGAGUCUGCACUGCUAUAUUUCAUUAAGUUACUAAAAACAUGUUUCAAAUACCACAUUUUUUUAAAAACCCAAUUAUUUCAAUGGGGAAAAAUGGAUAAAG